AUGUGGGUGCCAAAUCUACCUUUAACCGUCAUUACGGGGUUGGCCGCAAGCGCGGGCGCAUUAUGUAUAUUCAAGGACAUGCACGGGGGCCCGCCAUUCGACCGCGAUGUGAAAGCCGAGGGCAAGACCGUCAUUAUCACAGGAGCUAACAAUGGAAUCGGCAAAGAGGCCACCUGGGAGUUCGCUAAGAGAGGAGCAAAGGUGUUCAUGGCGUGUCGCGACAUGACCAAAUGCGAGGCGGUCCGUCGCGAGAUCGUGCUGGAAACCGGCAACAAGUACGUGUACUGCCGCCCCUGCGAUCUCGCCUCUACCGCCUCCGUGCGGGCCUUCGUUGAAAGGUUCAAAUCCGAGGAGCCGAAAUUGGAUAUUCUCGUGAACAACGCUGGUGUGAUGGAGACGCCAGCCGGUGUGACCAAGGAUGGCUUCGAGACGCAGUUGGGUGUUAACCACAUGGGUCACUUCCUCCUUACGAACUUACUACUGGACACCUUAAAGAAGUCAGCUCCGAGCCGCGUGGUGGUGGUGACGUGUGACGCUUACCGUCGCGGCGACAUUCACACCGACGACCUCAACCUGACCCAGCAGUACGACCCCAAGGCGGCGUACUGUCAGAGCAAGCUCGCCAACCUGCUGUUCGCGAGGGAAUUGGGCAGAAGGAUGCUGGAGAGCGGGGUGGCCGUGGCGGCCGUGGACCCCGGCUUCACGGACACAGACAUCACGCGGCACCUGCCCAUGUCGCGCAGCGUCACGCGCUUCGUGGUGUACCCGGUGUUCUGGCCCGUCAUGAAGCUGGCGCGCAUCGGCGCCCAGGUCAUACUCCACGCGGCACUCGACCCCAAGCUUGACAAGUGCAAGGGAGAUUACUUCGUGGACAUGAAGUUAGCAAAACUUACGCCAAAAGCCGAAGACUACGAGCUGGGUCUCUGGCUGUGGAAGGUCAGCGAGAAGUGGACCAGACUUGAAGAUAAUAAAAGCAUCUCCAAAGCAAAUGCUGCGUGA